AUGAGAAAUGCCCCCACCAGAUUUGCACCCACAGCCUCAGAAGGAACUCGUAUCAUUCCGUCCCGCAGCCGUGAUGCCGAGCUCCAACUACGUAUCGAUGCCGGUCACCACGACGAAAGCACAAAACGACUCAAUGUCGUGUUGCAGGUCAACUCUCAAGCCACAAGUCCGGCAUUGCGUGAGUAUGUCAAGAAAAACUCAACUCAUGGCAAGCUUGCGACUGCCUCUUUUGACACGAGUGCCGAGGACAAAGACGCCGAGUUCAAGAAGAUGUUAGCUGCUCUGGAAGACCAAGCGCGGGCAAAACUUGGAUGA